CAGCGCACUCUGAUUUCUGAGAGGUUUGCCUGGCGGCUCUGGCGAAAGGCUGCACGGUUACCCGCAGUCAGUACAGCGUGGGCGGGCGAAUUAUUCUGGAAACGCUACAGUUUUCCCUUGCAAGCAUCCUGAUUCUCGUUUUCUGUAGAAGUUGGCCAGCAAUGUCAGAUAACCAGGAUACCGAGACGUUAUCGGGAGAGUGCUGUGAGACACAGGAAUCUCAGGACCCUAACUCAAAUCCUGUGAGAACAGAGGAGGCCAAACUGAAAGCGAAGUAUCCUAAUUUGGGCCAGAAACCAGGAGGGUCAGACUUUCUGAUGAAAAGACUUCAGAAAGGACAAAAGUACUUUGAUUCAGGUGAUUACAACAUGGCCAAGGCAAAGAUGAAGAAUAAGCAACUACCGGCAGCAACUGGUCCAGAAAAGAGUAUCGUCACCGGUGAUCACAUUCCAACUCCGCAGGACUUGCCGCAAAGAAAGUCGUCCUUAGUCACAAGCAAACUGGUUGGCUAAUCACUACCUCAGAUCCUGAGCGACCCCUUUCCAAAUUUUCUCUCCUCAACUUCAGAGCUCCAUUGGGGUUGUGCACUAUUUGCUUCAUAUUUUGGGUUUAUUAUUUUUAUUAUUAUUAUUAUUACUAUUAUUAUUUUUACUCUGUCCCCUCUCAACAGCUCUAGCCUGGUCUACCACACUGUCUCACACACAUCUGGUUAGGGAGCAGUCAGUUCAGUGAAGGGCCAGUUAAGGUGACAGGCCAUUUUAAUGCACUUUAUGAUCUAUACACCUUCUACAGGAAUGAGAUCAAACUCUUUGUUUAAAAUUGUGGUCACAGACACAUUGUUCCCUCAUCAAAUACUAAUCAUAUUUACAGAGAUGAUACUCUUUGUUCUUUGGCAUUAGCAGCAUAAGAUUGUUUUAUGAAGCAUAUAGACAUACUACUUAGCUAUUCUGGUGGCAAAUGCAUGUUAGCCACAUCUGUUAUUUCUCAUCUCAGUCUGAUGAAAUGUUUGCUUUUGGAAUUCAAAUGACUAAACUCGGUACUCAUCAACAGGCUUGAGUUAGAAUGUGAAUAGACGAAAAUGUGUCACGAUAAUCAAAAGUGCUUCAACCAAGGACCUGACCCAGCACAGAACAUUAUGUUCAGGACACCUGAUCUGAUGUGUUUUAGUAAAACCAUGCAGCCUUGUACUGAGUAAUUAUGCGGAAUAGCUCAGGCUCAUAAUUGUUAAGGUGAUAAAUGUAAGUGUACAUUGAUUACUUUUUUCACCUGUAUAAUACACAUCAGGAGUUACCAAGGUACAAUCAUUCAGUCUGUGAUGUUAAUGUGUGUGAAGCAGGGACACUAAGAGGAUAUACAGGCAGACGGAAAAGCACAUUACAUGUGAUAAUAUACAUUUCGACCAUUUGAUUAAAUAAGUGUGUUCAGGUAAGAAUUUAUCAUUAAGUUUAUUAUCCCGGUGUUGACAUGUCUGCCUUCCUAAUCAAGGAAGACUAGCUUUUGAGCUAUAGGAUAAUUCUGUUUAGGCUUUGAUGAUAUUAAUCUUAGUUUGUAAUGAUGUCGGUACUAAAUACACCUAAUUCAGAAAGCUACCAAGUUAGACUCCCUUAACUCUAGAAGUUCAAAUCCCAUUUAAAAUAUUUCACAUUUACAAACCAUGGACAGAGGUGAUGUAAGUCUAUCAGUAACCUAUAAGAUAAUCAGAUUUUGCUAAAAACUAUUCAGGGACUUUAACAGCAUAAUCAUAUUCAUAAUCUGCGUACUGAGUGGAAUUCUUUGGAAAAGUGCAUUGUAUCUCACACCCAUACGAGUGACCGUGACCGUGUCUCAUGUAAGAAUGAUGUUAAUAUGGUGGAUUGAAAAAAAUUUGCAGGCAAAAUUGAAAAGUAUGCAUUUUGAGCAUGAUUAUGUUUGAAUGUUGUUUGGGUGUUUAUUGUGAAUAAUGUAUUAUGUACAGUGUUGUACCAUAACCUCUUUUAGCUGAUCUCAAAUUGUAAAUAGAUAGCACAUUUAUUUUAAUAUUUGUAUUUGUUUUCAUAACCACAUAUCUUCAUUUUUCUUAUCUCCACUCUACAGGCUUCCUAUUAACAUAAUCAUUUGUGAAGUUGUUUGCUAAACAUCUUCCUUUGCAAUGUUUUCUUCUCAUUAAUACAAAAUAUUUGUAAGAACCCCAUAUAUAUAUUAUAUUAUUUUUUCUCAUUACAAAACUGUUAAGAGUUCAGUUAAUUAGAAAACACACUGGGUUACUGUUAAGGCAUAUGCAGUUGUAUAAAGGUGUAGACGAGGAAACCUUCCCAAGUUGUGUAUAUUUGUAUAAUAAUGACACAAGUAUCUUUAUUCUAAUAUUUUGUCAGGUAUUUCAUUGGAAUUAUAUAAGGGAUAGCCACGAAAGGCUCUUUGGGAAAUACUGGUUUUGAAACAAGAAGCUCUAUGGGGUUGGUUAAUGAGAUCCAUGCAAAUAUUUCAUUUUGCAUUAAAAGGUCAACUCACCACAGCUUUAAUAUGAACUGCCCCAUACACUGCUUGAACAAUUUGGAGUUCCAAAAACUAAUGUUUACUGUGUGUAUCUGUGUACUCAGUGCUGUACAUGCACAGACAGACAUGCAUGCACCUUACCUUUACGUAUUUAUGAUUUAAGAAGACUACUGUGGAAUUGGCAUCGAGAAAUGGUAAAUAUGCAAGGAAAAAUAUCUGGUUUGGAACAUUGUCCUAGACUGUAAUGAUGUCAAGCUCUGUCAAGUUCUGAAAGCUGCAAAAAGCUUAAGAUUGUUGUCUGGAAUAAAGUUUUACAUGGA